UUUGACUCGCGAAACCAAGGCGUAGCGAUACGCAGCGCUGCAAAAAAAAACAGUCAUUCGACGCCCCACAACGCCCUACGAACGCUGCUGGCACACGACGCAACAAUACGCAUGUACAAGCUAGUCCUCGUGAUCACCGCGGCGGCAGCACGCGCGGCGUGCGUCGUCAAGAAGCAAACCCACACCUUUUACUACUUGUGGUACGGCACGCCGACGACGGACGGCAAGUGGCUGCAUUGGGACCACGCGGUCCUCCCGCACUGGACCAAAAAGGUUCGCCGCCAAUACAAGCACCUCGAGAACUACACGCACGAACCGCCGACGCGGCUGCACGCGCCGUUCUACCCCGUGGCGGGGCCCUACAGCUCGUCGGACCCGCAGCUCCUCGACGCGCACUUUUCGCAGCUGCGCGACGCCGGCGUCGACGCCGCGGUGCUCUCGUGGACGGGCCGACCGGGCGGCGCGGUCUCGGACACGCAAGGCGUCGGCACGGACGCGAUUGUGCCGUUGGCACUCGCUGCGGCCAAACGCGCGGGCAUCGGUGCCGCUAUACACUUGGAACCGUACGAAGGCCGCGGCGCCGAGUCGGUAGCGCUGGACCUCGCGCACCUCGUCACGCACGACCUCUACCGCCUCCCGCGGAGGCCCUGCGGCGGCCACGAUCGACUUCCAGUCGUGUAUUUGUACGACGCGUAUCACACGCCCGCAAAAGAAUGGGCGCGCCUCUUCUGUGAAAAUGGCGACCUUUCCGUUCGUGGCACGCCGCAUGACGUCGUCGUGAUUGCGACGCUAUUGAACCGGGACGAGGAAGAGCUUGUGGUAAACGGGUGUUUUGAUGGAUUCUACUCCUACUUUGCCACGGACGGCUUCACCUACGGCUCCACGAGCGCCCACUGGAAGCUGCUCGCCGCCUGGGCGCGGAAGAAGAACCUCUGGUUCAGCCCAUCAGCCGGACCCGGCUACAAUGACACGCGCAUUCGCCCGUGGAACGGAGUAGCGACGCGCGACCGCAGAAACGGCGCCUACUUUCGACAGAUGCUCGGCGCUGCCGUCGAAUCCGGCGCCGACCUUGUCUCGAUCACGUCCUGGAACGAGUGGGGCGAGGGCACGCAGAUCGAGCCGGCGCGCGCGCCGGCGGACGACGUCGGUGACCACAUGGACUACGGUGCCAACCCGGACUUGUACCUCGACAUCACGCGAGAAGCGACGGCGCGGUGGCGAACUCGAUCACCGCCGGACCUGUAA